AUGGAUAAUGCCUGCGAACUGCCCACGGAAAAAGGUGGAGAGACCGGGGAAUCAGAGGAGACGACGGCGGCUCCUGGAGGCCCCAGGGUUAUGGAUACGGAUGGAAUCCCGGAGGAAACCGACGGUGACGGAGACGGGGAAUUGAAAGAGGCCGCCGCUGAAGAAGGUGAGCUCAAGAGUCAGGAUAUUGCAGAUUUAACAGCAGUUGAAAGGGAAGACUCAUUACAUACUCCUGCAGCCAAAAAACUGAAAAUAGAUACCAAAGAGAAGAAAGAGAAGAAGCAGAAAGUGGAUGAAGAUGAGAUUCAGAAGAUGCAAAUCCUGGUUUCUUCUUUUUCUGAGGAGCAGCUGAACCGUUAUGAAAUGUAUCGCCGGUCAGCUUUCCCUAAGGCAGCCAUUAAGAGGCUGAUCCAGUCCAUCACAGGCACCUCUGUGUCUCAGAAUGUUGUUAUUGCUAUGUCUGGUAUUUCCAAAGUUUUCGUCGGGGAGGUGGUAGAAGAAGCACUGGAUGUGUGUGAGAAGUGGGGAGAAAUGCCACCGCUGCAACCCAAACACAUGAGGGAGGCUGUUCGGAGGUUUAAGUCGAAGGGGCAAAUUCCCAACUCAAAGCACAAAAAAAUCGUCUUCUUCUAGACCAGAGUCUAGAAGGGCCUGGUACUGAAGAACGAAGCCCUGCUUCCGGACCUCCUAUUGCAUGAGACUCUCUGCACUGGUGCUUUGGUAUCUCAGUCCUCUAAGGAUUCCAUGAUGAUUUCAAUGUCUUUCUCAAAACGGAUAAUUCAUUACACCUAGAA